AUGUCGACGGCAUCUACUCAGUCCCGAGGAGUAAACCGACGGAUUAACAGUAUUCAGAAUGAAGGCCGCCAUUCGCGCAACGCCUCCGCAUCGCGGCGCCGUCCUCUGAGUGCCAACGUGGCAUACAGCCAUGCCCUCCGAGUCGCCUAUCUUGCCUAUCUCCUUAACCCUCGCUCUCGUCGCAUCCAAAAUGCCCCCGUCGCGCCGGCGCGACCAAAACGGUCAUCUACCUCGAUCCAUGAUUUGAUGAGCGACUUCUCGUUAGUCAGGGACUCCAAAAGCACAAGGGUUCCCCAUGGAUUCGUCUCCGAGCUGGAGAAGCGGUUGACCGCCGUGUUGAUGGGAAAGGAGAAGAGGAAGGAAUAUCAAGACCAUCUGGUGGUGCGAACAUUCGCUGUCUUCCUCAAUGUGUUGAAAGAGGACUCUUUCCGCAAGCGCAUGGAGAAAGACCGGCGAGCUGAAGACUUACUCCUGAUUUUCUACUCCAAUGCGAUCAAAGAGCUAGGAAAGGGCAAGGAACAUGACGAUGAUAGCUGGAAACUCAUGGUGGAUCGACACGUUGCACUAUUUGUCCGACUCCUGGCACUUACACUGAAAGACCACGACUGGUCUAAGGACCGCCCCGAGUUGGCUAAUCGAUUAACGGUAUUGGAAAACAAACUUCUCUUGCAAGAUAAAGACCUUAUGGAAACGAAUGGACCUGCGUCUGCGACGGAAUUCCCUGCUUCAUUGAGCUAUAAAGUUAAGGACAUGCCCCUGGUGCAACAUGUGGCCAAAGUAUUUGGCAUGACAAACUCCGAAGCGCAAUCCGAGAUCGAUAAGCAAAAGUCCGUCUGGACCGAGCAGGCUGCUUUGAAGGAUCUGAAAACAUACCAAGCACACCUGAGUCUUCAGACCCACAAGACACUGUCAAGGGCCGACUUUGAGUCUGACGAGGGGUACGAGGCUUGGAAAAAGAGCGAGAGUCCUGACCUCUCCCAAAUGAUACUCGCCAUCAUACAAUCAAAUCCUGAGCUCGCCAAAAGCACCCCGGGAUCUCUUCCUCAAUUCAACCCGAAUGAGAACCCCGACUUGUCGAGAACAAUCUCCGGCCGGACUGAUAGGACUUCUUAUGCCAGUGACCAAUCUGUUGACCUUAGUGGUCUUUCUCUAGGAGACUCGGAUGAAUCUGAUACCUACACCUUCAUACCGUCUGACCCCAGGUCUGUGUACCGAUACAUUCUGUCCCAAACCUUGAGCCAUGAUCUGCGAGACCGAGAAAUUGAAGCUACACAGGCGACGUCUGAUGUCCCUUCAACCAUGCUGUUAUCGAAACAGUCUUCUGAAUUGCUAAAUGAAAUUUGUCUCCGCUGGCGGAUUCCCACCUUCUCCCGGGUCGUGCUUUUCCUUGAGGUGGCACAGACUAAAUUUGUUGACAAUGAAAUUGAUCUUGAUACUGUCGGCUCAGCAUUUACUUUUGUGAAGGAAAUGCCUCAAGGCGAGAACCGCAAGCGCAGUAGCUUUGUGGCAUCUUCGGUGUUUGAUCGACAACGAUGGACUGUUCAAGAUCUUCAAACAAUGCAAAUGCUUUUGUCCAAACUUCAUGAAGCUUUGUUGCGAGAGCUGUACGAGGCCAUGAUGGAUUGUUUUGAGGCCAAGCCACGGCCCCUUGGACCAGUCAUGUACAUUCUCGAAUCCCACGUUCGGGCAGAUCCAAACUAUAUCGAAGACCCCGAGGACGUCGAUCGAUUCAGCACAUAUGUGCAAGAAGGACUCGCUCAAAAAGCGACAACCAAGUAUCAAACACUUCUUGGCCAGUUAAUCCCAGUUGACUCGGAGUCUUGGGAGGCCGAUCAUGUCAUUCAGCUCGGAGAUGCGAUCUCAAAGCUUGCACUGAAAAUCCAGAAACGAUACCGGAAUAAUCCAGAAAUUAUGGGUGUAAACCCGUACACCACGUUGUGUUCCAAUGUACUUCCCUUGUUUGCUGAGGAUGCACAUGAGAUGGUGAUAAGGAUCCUAGAACAAGCCAAGGUUCGGGGCGAGGAGAUUCCUAUUGAAGAUGGCUUCGAUCUAUAUAAGAAGCUUGCUACUGUCAGACGUUUGUUCCAUAAUACCCACGAAGAUGCUCAAUUCCCGUUCCACGUGGAGAGUUUACUCCAAGAAUUCGUCUGGCGUUGGCUUCGUCUGACUGACCGCAAGGUCAUGGAAUGGGUCAGCCAAGCUACUAGACAGGAUGCGUUCUCCGUUCGUGCCGACGACGUGGACCUUGCACCUGAAGAUGAUCGACACAGUGUGUCGGUGAUUGAUAUAUUCCGAUCCUUCAACCAGGUAGUUGAAAACCUGGCGGGACUUGAAUGGGACGACGAUUUCCAGUACGCGAAAUUCAUGACGCACCUCUCUAACUCAAUCGGUAAAGGAGUGGCGACAUACUGUGACUCUUUGGAGAAGAUGUUUGCCCGAGAGAUGGAUCGUCUCACUCCCGAACAAGAGGCGGCAUUGAAUCAAACCACGCAGGAAAAAUGGAUGCAAUUCGCCAAGGAUACCUGGACGAAUAAGGACAAGAUCGAGCCCUUCCAGUUCUCAUCCGAAUCCUUGGUGAAAUUGAACAAUAUCGAGUACGCCCUCGUCCAACUUGACAAGCUUGAGAACGACAUCAAUGUCGACGGGUGCGCCGAGGUUAUAGCGAGAAACACUCCCCCGCAGCUCAAGAAAGUCCGCAAGUCUACUACUUAUGUUUUCACAAUCAAGAUCGUCGAGGCAGAAGACUUGAAAGCAUGCGACAUUGGUGGUGGCAGCGAUCCGUACGUUGUUUUAACGGACGAAUAUCAAAAGCGUAUUGCCAAAACCCGCACUAUUUACAAUAAUCUUAAUCCUCGGUGGGAAGAUGCAGUGGAUCUCACAACCCAAGGUCCUUUGAAUAUCAUCGCUACUAUCUGGGAUUGGGAUGCAGUGGGCGAUCAUGACUACGUUGGCCGUACGUCGAUUAAAUUGGAUCCAGUUCACUUCAGCGAUUUCUUGCCUAGGGAAUAUUGGCUAGACCUGGAUACCCAAGGCCGGCUUUUGCUCCGAGUUAGCAUGGAAGGCGAGCGGGAUGACAUCCAGUUCUACUUCGGUAAGGCUUUCCGUACACUCAAGCGAACCGAGAGGGACAUGACUCGCAAGAUCACAGAGAAACUUUCAGCAUACAUCAAUCAUUGUUUGUCUCGUCGAACAUUGAAAUCUCUGCUCUCUCGGGGCAUCAGUAUGUCCACCGUGUCGAGUUUCUUGAAUCGCAACCGAGCCCCGGCAGCUCCCUCUGGUCCCACCUCGGCCGAUGUCGAGAAUGCACUCACACCUCUGUUCAACUACUUCAACGACAACUUUGCCAUCAUGAACAAGACACUCACCCCAGAAGCCAUGAAGAUGGUGAUGGCUCGUCUAUGGAAGGAAGUUCUCGCUACCAUCGAGAGCCUGCUCGUCCCACCCCUGUCCGACAAGCCCUCCCACCAAAAGCCUCUCACCAUCCAAGAAGUGGACAUCGUAUCACGCUGGCUCGUGCUACUCCUCAACUUCUUCCACGCGGUUGACGACGAAACCGGCGAAGCCAACGGCGUUCCAAUCGACAUCCUGAAAUCACCUAAAUACCAUGAAAUCCAGUCUCUGAAUUUCUUCUACUUCGAACCAACAGAGAACCUCAUCCGUACCUCAGAGCGCAUGGCCUCCGCAACCGUCAACCGCCAACAAGCAGCCCGCAACCGCACUUCCGCGCCCACCCUCGGCGCCACAGGUCCCGGCAGUCUCGGUCUUCCUGCUGCUCGUCGCGCCAAGAGUAUCAUGCUCUCCCGCAACUUGGGCACCAUGAAAAAAGCCAAGGAAGAAAAGCGACGAGAAGCACAGGCCGAUCCGAACGAUGAUAUGAUCUUGCGCAUUCUCCGUAUGCGUCCUGAAGCGGCUGGUUACCUGCGCGAUCGCAGCAGACAGAAGGAAAGACUUGCUGCGGCCGCUGCGGCCGAUGCUAUUGUGAAACAGAGUUUGAUGGCCGGUGCAGGAAGCCGCAUGAGCGGUAUGAUCCCUCGUGUCCGGUGA